AUGAAACUGGAGGCGGAGAACUACCUGGGGUACAUCUAUCGAGUGUACACGCCGAUUACUGAGAACGCUAAGACUGAACUACACACUAAAUAUGCAGUGGACAUUGGUAUCAUCCACUGUGUGUUCCUGGACGACUACGCGGGAUCAAGAGGAACCAAUAUAACCAUGGUGGGCGCGGCAGCGUGGCUGGCGAACCGUAACGCGCAGCUUGAAUGGGUGAAAUCGGAUCCGGAGAGCGUGGACCGCAGUGUCACCCCGUGGGUUGUUGUUAUCAAGCAUAACUCAUACUACAACACUUGGAGCAACCUCCAGUGUCGGUGCUCGUCCCCGAUCUUUGAGAUAAACGAAGAUGAUGUCGAUAAGUGCUGGAAUGACACGUAUUAUUCGGGCACUGUGUACUCACAGCCACAAUGCGGUCAGAUGGCCAAGUGGGAGGAGGCUUUCUCGGCUAACGACGUGAACGCCAUGAUCAUGGCCCACGUGCAUGUACACGAACGCACUGUCAUGGAUGUCAGGAUCGCGCUGUUUGCGACCGUAGAUUACUGGCUGAUCGGCAGGAGCGACAACGCUGGCGACUUCAUCUCCUUCGUGUUCGUCUUUGAUCUCUACACGUCAGUGUGUACCUACGUGAGUCAGUGGAUGUCGGCUCUGAUGCCGAUCGAGUAG